ACGUGAAACGGGCUUGCCGUAAAGUGUGACGUCGAUGUUGCGAGUGAGGAGCUGCCGGCUGGGUCUCACCCAGUCUGAUCAGGUGCUAGCUUUAUGUAAGGUAGGUUACAGUGGUGGGCAGCAACAUCUGCAGGCAGCAGCGGCAGGUGUCAAGUCCUUCUAAAGUAACGGACUACUUUGUAACGUCGUCUGUCGGUCAUCAUGUCGGAGCCCACCCUGCGGGUCCUGUAUGGGAGCCAGACCGGCACGGCCCAGGACACGGCCCAGAGGAUAGCUCGGCAGGGCCGGAGGAGGCAGCUGCAGGUUCAGGUGCUGCCUCUGGAUUCUUACAAUGUGGCCAACUUGAUCUCAGAGUCCCUGGUUAUUAUUGUGUGCUCCACCACUGGCCAAGGAGACCCUCCAGACAACAUGAAGAACUUCUGGAGGUUUAUCUUUAAGAAGUCCCUGCCUGCUGGCUCUCUGAGUCGGCUGGACUGUGCCGUUCUGGGUCUGGGGGACUCAUCCUAUCCAAAGUUUAACUUUGUGGCUAAGAAGCUUCAUAAGCGCCUCGUGCAGCUGGGUGCCAGUACGCUGCUGCCUGUUGGGCUGGCAGACGACCAACAUGACCUGGGGUCAGACGCUGUGAUUGACCCGUGGCUCACAUCAUUGUGGGCGAAACUGUUUGCUCUCUACCCGUCUCCACUGAUUCCACUGAGGGAAGAUGAAGCGCUCCCUCCAACGUACACUUUCCACUUCCUGGACGAUGUGAAAGACGAGAGGGAGGACAGGUUGGGGAUUCCCACAGAGCAAACUGCCCCCUCCCAGUCCCAUCCCUUCCCCUCCAGACUGGUGUCUAACAGGAGAGUAACAGACACGUCACACUUUCAGGAUGUCAGGCACAUUGAGUUCGACAUCACUGGCUCCAACAUUGAGUUUGCUGCAGGUGACGUUGUCAUGAUGUUUCCUUGUAACGCACCAGAGAACGUACAACAGUUCUGUCAGAUGCUGAGGUUAGAUCCUGAGGCCAGGUUCAUUCUCAGGGCCACAGAAAACACUGCAGUUCCAGCCAGGCUUCCUCAGCCCUGCACUGUGCGCCACCUGGUGGAGAGAUACCUGGACAUCGCUGCCGUGCCUCGCCGCUCUUUCUUUGAGCUGCUGUCCACCUUCGCCACCAACGAGCUGGAGCACGAGAAGCUGGUGGAGUUCAGCUCGGCGGCGGGCCAGGAGGAGCUGCACAGCUACUGCAACCGGCCCAGACGCACAGCGCUGGAGGUCUUGGCAGAUUUCCCCCACACUACAGCCGAACUGAAAGUAGACUAUCUCCUGGAUCUGUUCCCUGAGAUCCAGCCUCGCUCAUUCUCCAUCGCCUCCUCUCUCCAGGCUCACCCAAACAGGCUUCAGAUCCUGGUGGCUGUGGUUCGUUAUAAGACCAAGAUGUACAAACCACGUGAAGGCCUCUGCUCCACCUGGUUAGCCUCCCUGAACCCUGAACAAGGCGACGUGUCCGUGCCUCUGUGGGUGAAGAAGGGAAGUCUGAGGUUCCCUAAAGAGAAGGACACCCCUGUGAUAAUGGUCGGACCCGGAACAGGAGUGGCACCCUUCAGGUCGGCUCUACAGGAGAGGAUCGCUGAGGGUAAAACUGCCAACGUCCUGUUCUUCGGCUGUCGCUCUGAGCCCAAAGACUUCUACUUCAGGUCAGAGUGGGAGGAGAUGAUGAAGGCUGGACACCUGAGCCUCUUCACUGCCUUCUCACGAGACCAGGAGGAGAAAGUGUAUGUGCAGCAGCGAGUGAGGGAGAACGCUGAGCUCCUGUGGGACCUGAUAGCCAACAAAGGUGCCUGCUUUUACAUCGCUGGCAACGCCAAACAGAUGCCAGCCAGCGUGUGCGACGCUCUGAAGGAGGUGUUCCAGCAGGAGGGUGGCGUCUCCGCCGAGGAAGCUGAGCAGAUGCUGACGGCCAUGGAGAGGACGGGCCGGCUGCAGAGUGAGACCUGGUCCUGAUCACAUGACCCCGGCCGUCUCCUCCUCGCAGUUUACGUCAACCUGCUGCUGGCGUGUUAACUGUGAUGCGACCCUGCUGUGGGAAGGUCAGACAGCAUCAAUCUGUCAACAUCAGUAUGACGAAAUGAACUCAAAGCUCCCUCACUGCCUCACUGGAGCUUUCAGGCACAGCUCAGUCUUUGUAAAGUGACUGAAUCAGGCUCAGCUGUCAUCACACGACUGGAGCUCCAUACUGAGAUCAGCAGCUGGUUUCACUGAGGUGCUGCAGUUCACACCACAGCCUCGAACACUGACUUCAGACCUGCCUGCUAAACGCAGCCUGGUGUGUGAUCUGCCUUUAAACACAUGGAUCUGUUCCUCCAGCUGGACCUCAUUUAUCACGUCUCACUGCUAUUUGAAAAGGUACUAACCAGUAGGUGACCAUUCGUUGUGUUUUCAUCACCUUAGCAUGAGCGGCUUCUCUUCCACUGAGUCUGACGAGUUGCACCGCCGUGUUCCUACAGCACAAUGUGCAGAAUGCUGUGUGUGCAGUCAGUGUGAAAAGAGCCUGCAAGUGUCAAGGGAUAACGAUUUCAGAGCUCACUUUCUAUGAUUUGUGACAUCAUAUGUAGUUUUAUAAACCAGCCCUGAAGUUAAAGCUUCCAGUGCCAAAACACAAAGGCCCUGUCCACACAUGCACGUGUAUUUCAUCAAACAAAGCUUUUUCUCUGCAUUUUGUCCUUCUGUACACACGGAAAUGACGUCUGAGGUUGUUGAAAACAGAGUGUUUGGAAAACUCCUUCCAGGGUGUAGAUGUUCACAGCUCUGAUGCCACUGGACAGGCAGAAAUGGCAUGUUGCAUAUUCAUGUAUUUUUAAAAUAGGAUGAAGGAGUGGGUGUAUAUGCCAAUCGUGAGUAUUUUAACCAAAAAAAAUUAAAAUUUUCUGUGAAAAUGGAGAUGUUAUUCAAAGUAUUUUAUAUACAUCUUCAAACACGUCUGGAGGGAUGUUUAAGGCUGCUGUAAGUAUAGUUUUUCAUUCAAGUAAUAAUACAGCUCUGUAUUCCAACAGGCAUCACUGUUACAGAGUGUGUGGUCAGUAACACAUCUCUCCUCUUGCUCAUGCAGUAAAAAGAGG